GGUCUCAAAUAAAUUGCAUCCUUUAUUGUUCUGGAGUGCCCAAGCUUUUUUAAUGGAGUAAUCUGAAGCUGUUCAAUCGCUUUUGUUCAGGAUUUGUAACAUGGGUAACUGUUUGAUCAGGUUUUGUAACAUGGGUAACCGUUUACCACAUGAUCACAACAAAAAUAACAAUAAUAAUAAUAAUGAGGAAGGUUAUGAAUAUAGCAGUGACAGUGAUAAUAAUGGAGUUUUAACAUCUCCAAUAAAUGGAGAGAAUAUAGUUGGGGGGACUGAUACAGAAACCAGAAAAAUCAAAAGGAAUUCAAUUACAGAAGAAACUGAUAUUAAUAUUCAUGGGGCUUUAAUACCUCUAACAAAUGGAGAGAAUACAGUUGUGGAGACUGAUACAGAAACCAGAGAAAUCAAAAGGAAUUCAACUACAGAAGAAACUGAGGAUAAUAUUUAUGGGGCUUUAAUAUCUGUAACAGAUGGAGAGAAUGCAAUUGGAGAGACAUCUGCAACAAAUGGAGAGAAUACAGAGACUGAUACAGAAACCAAAGAAAUCAAAAGUAAUUCAGUUACAGAAGAAACUGAUGAUAAUAGUUAUGGGACUUCAACAUCUGCAACAGAUGGGGAGAAUACAGUUGGGAAGACUUAUCAUCAUUAUGGGACUUCAAUAUCUGUAACAGAUGGAGAGAAUGCAAUUGGAGAGACAUCUGCAACAAAUGGAGAGAAUACAGAGACUAAUACAGAAAACAGAGAAAUGAAAAGUAAUUCAAUUACAGAAGAAACUGAUGAUAAUAGUUAUGGGACUUCAAUAUCUGCAACAGAUGGGGAGAAUAGAGUUGGGGAAGAAAUAGUUUUAGAGGAAGACGAAGAGGAAGAGUGCCCCAUUUGUCUGAAUGGCUAUGAAGUGGAGAAUCCAAGAACAAAUACUCCAUGUGAUCACUGUUUCCAUUUUCAAUGCAUUAUUGAGUGGUCACAAUGGAGUCAUUUAUGUCCUGUUUGUGCUACAGGCAUUGUUUUCAAUGAGGAGGGCCAGCUGGUGAAACUUGAUGGGUUACAUCAACAUAUGGAAGAGCACAAACAAGAGGCUGCACGAUUGAGGACACAUUCUCGCCUCAGAGUUGGAUGGCGGGUCGACGUACAUGAAAAUGGCAAUGGCCAGACAUACUGUACUAUCCACAUAACAAACCUAUUCUUUUCGUUUCGUCUUUGGAGACAGACCAAAAUAUAUAGGGUGCUAUGGCCCUUUUUCAGACCCUUUGACAACCAGCCCAAGGUUCUCCUGAGGGUGCACAUAAUGUGCACCAUCAGCCGAGAUUCAGAUCCACAGAGGGGGUAGGUCCGAUUGCCACACUCUGAUGAUGACGUUGCUGUUGCCAGUGCCAUUUUUCCCACCAAUCUGGUGGUUUUGGAUUAUACGCACCUCUUCACGAGACAAAAUAGUCCCCGCCCACCGAUGAGGUUUGAGAGGAUUGAAAGAAGAUUAUCAUCACGGAGGAGGUCUCUCCCAUAAAAUUGUAUUAUCUUUCUUGGCUG